UAUAAUGAAAGUGGGUCGACCUGGAUGUGGUUUGGAGAGGUGGAUCAAAGCGGAAUGCAAGCAGUGACAUCACCGGAGGGGGCGUCGCAGAGCAGCAUAAAGGCCGGAGCUCCAGCCGAGGUCUGGCAGAACAGCAGCGGAGAAGAGGAGGAGGACCACCAGCAUAGGUCACAUCCAAACAUCUGCAACUUCUCACCUGAACCUCCAGCGGAGCCGGAGAGCCUGCAGAAAGACAGUGAAGAAGUGAAGAUCUGUUAUUCUGAACAAACAAAAGUCAAACGCGGCAGCAUGUUGACGACAACAAAGUCCUCCAAAGUAAUGACUGUCUGUGUGAUGAUGACGAUGAUGAUGAUGGCGACGGCCAUGCCGAAAGCAGCUGGCCAUACGAAACACACGGCGAGGUCACACAGGAAGUCGACUGACGGCGUGGCGGUGGAAACGGUCCCCCUGCAUCUGGACCCCGGCGCAGUGGCUCCUCCCACACACACGAGGGCGCUGCAGAACGCCUCCGUGUCGCCGUGGACAUACAACGUCUCCCGGGACGACGCCCUGUUCCCCCCCAUGCUGUCCGAGGCGCGCUGCCUGCUGCGAGGCUGCCUGGACAAAGAGGGCCGCGAGGACCUGAGCCUGGAGUCCAGACCCAUCCUGCACCAGACGCUGGUGCUGCGCCGGGUCAAGGCCGAGGGGGUGGGGCACAGUUACCACUAUCGGCUGGAGUCCCGCCUCCUCGCCGUGGGCUGCACCUGCGUCCGACCCGUCAUCCGGCGCCAAAAAUGAGGAGCAGCUGCUAGGUGAGUCCAGUGGUUUCAUAAGUGGGACACGGCAUGGAGCGUCUGAAUUAAGAGAUGGGAACUGCCCCAAAUAGAAAGUAUAUCAUUAGAAUAAUUAUCCAA